CAGCGCUCUCUGUCACCCAAUGUUUUUCUGCCUUCCUGAAGCAGUGAAUGCGGAAAGUACUGUGAAAAAGGGAGAGAAGACAAUCAGCUUGAUUAGAAACAGGGAUUUCUUCGACACUGCAGCUCACCAUGGGUGUUUCUCACUGGCUCCUGGCUUCUGUGCUCUUUCUGCUGCUCUCUGUAACAGCACAAGGAUGUUCUGUCUCCGAUAGCAAUCCGAGUGUUCCUGAAAAUAACAAUCCUGGACAUGUUGUGGCCAAUAUCUCUGUGGAACCAGGUUUCACUGUAACUAUCGAUCCUAGCUCUCCAGAUGGCAAUUAUUUUGUCAUCCAGGGGUCCGAGCUGCAGCUGAGCAAAAGCGUGGACUAUGAAACUGACACUGUGCUGUUAGUGAUCCUGACUUGUGACAACAAUGCUGGGGAGAGUUACAGCCUGACAAUUAUUGUGACCAUUCUCAAUCUGAAUGAUAACAGCCCAGUGUUUCCGGAAACCAACCUCACCAGAGUUAUACCUGAGGACACAAAAGUGAAUGCAACCAUUGUAGCCCGUGAAGAUGUAAGUGCUAGUGAUGCUGACUUGGACAUAAUCUACUACAAACUCAAUUCGACAGCACAGAACACCAACGAUUAUUUUGCCAUAAAAGGAGUCAAUAACCCUGAAAUCUAUUUACAAAAAGCGUUGAAUUAUGACAAAUUUAACUUCGCAACAUUGCUCUUGUAUGCAAUGGACAAUAUUGAGGGCACGAACGAAAUCAUUCAUACAGCUACUGCAACAAUUAACAUAAUUAUUGAGCAAGCUGACACCAGACCUCCCUGGUUCCUACCCUGCACCUUCAUUGACACGGAAAGAAGCAUUUGCAUCAGCAGCACCUAUACUGGCAGAGUCAAUAUGUCCGAGAUGUCGACUGAACCGCUUGCCUUGGAGCCAGGGCCCAUCUAUGCUAUCGAUCCUGACUACAUUUUAAAUGAAAAAAUUGUGUACAGUAUUGUUGGUGGGAAUUCAGAUAACAUAUUCUCAGUGGAUGCAGACACGGGAAAUCUAACUAUGAACAAAGUAGCAACUUCUGCAAAUUCAUACCUAUUACAGGUGAUGGCCACUCAAGUCAACAACAAACAGAAAUACUCCAUAGCCAAUGUAGAAAUUCAGGUCAUCAAUAAAAGUGACCAUGCACCACGCUUUGAGUCCGGAAUCUAUGCAGGGACAGUGUCUGUUGGUCUGGACCCAAAAAGUUUUGUCUUCCAAGCUGGUGAUUCUUCAAUCCCCCUGAUGAUAGCAGCACUGGAUGACGAUUUCCCUGAUAAAGUCAACCCAAACAUUGAGUACUACAUAAGGAACAACACCAAUUUCAUUGCAACCAAAGAUGGACUUAUCCUGACUAAUGUGAUGCUGCACUCACCGGAGACUGCAAUCAUGGAGGCUGUUGCAAAAGAUACAGUGAGUCUACAGGAGGGAAGCACUGUAGUAACAGUGGAGAUCACCGCUGCCAAAGCUGAAACCUCUGCCUCUGAUAAAACAUACACUGCACAGGAUAUGGGUAUCUUAGGUGGUAUCUUAGCUGCGUUGCUAUUAAUUGCCUUAGUCUUCCUUGGAGUGAUGAUAUAUAAACAAUAUGGAAACACAGUCAAGUUCCUGAUUAAUAAAAAAUUCUCCAAGGAUUUCCCUGGAAGCUACGACAACCAAGCUUACAGGCAAGAUGAACAUCCUGAUCUGAGUGCCAACAAGCAGGAAAGCACAGUAACUGAGAUACAACAGCCAUCACUUUUCUUGACACCUUCUAGUGAACAAGAAAUUCAUGGACUUCCACAGACUUCCCCAGCUUUCACCAUCAUUUCUGACCAGAAGGUGGAAGAAGAAGAGGAAGAGGAAAAGGUGGAAGAGGACACUAAACAUGAAAAAGAAGUGAAAUCUAUCCUCAAAACAGACAGGAAUGAGGGGGACCCAGGGUACAAAGCUGUGUGGUUUAAGACCGAUGUGGAUCCAAGUGGAGAGAAUGUUGAAGUGAUUAAUGACAAUGCAGCAGAUUAUGAUGAUGACAGUGACCAAGAUCUGCAGGAGAAUGAGAAGGAGGAAGAAGAUUACAAGGAUGACCACCACUGAGAUCUGGGAGUGUUCCUUGCCUCAGACAGCUCAUCAUUCCAAGCCGCAGAAGUGUCAGUCAAGAUGUCUACCAGAGAUGACAGCGAUGCAUAAUGGAACUAGGUCUGCAACUAUCCCCUCACCAAAAUGGAGAAAUGUCCAUUGCUUGGGUGAGACAGAGCCCACCUUUCUGCUCAGGGCAAAACUGAAAUGCAGGAGAACAAAGUUGACUGUCCUGCAUGCAGAGAUUAAAACCAGAAGGGAUUAUAACUAAUUCAAACUUCUAGUAAGACCUUGAAAUAUGGCUUGGGAUUUUGUAUGGGGAAAACACGUCCCAUCCUUCUUCCUAUUUGUCCUAGGGUCCCCUACAUCACAUUUCCCAAGCUGAUAGGUAUAUGGGAGAUGUAGCUGAACUGACUUUGAAGCAUUUAUCUCAGUUCAUGGUAGCAACUUAGUUGUAUGAUCCAGUGCUUUCAUCUCCUCUUGGUGGGUAAAUGAGCCAGCACUGACUGCUCAGCUGUUCCCUUUAGGUGUUGCAUGUUGACAUCAUCUGCAAGACAUUAGCCAAUGCAAGUCACUCCGAUCCUGCUGUUGCUCCCAAGACUUCAGGACCUGGCUCUGCUCUCUGCAUCCCAGCAGGAGCAGCUAGCAUGACUCACUAGGGACACCACUGUAGGUCUCCUUCCUGCCAGAAAAUGAACAUUCAGAUGAUUGGGAGACGCUGUUUCCUCUGCUGCUGAUAAUCAAGGACUGAUAACAUAUUCUUUACUGAAAGAAUCUGUCAUUUAUUAUUCUUUGUCACAAACCAUUAA